UAUAAAAUCUAUGAGCCAAACCUUUUAUUGCUCUCAUCAGCUUUCGAAAGUUGUUUGGUGCCUGAAGACAACCAUGUCUUCAGCAAUAGCGUUGGUUGUGUUGCCGCUAUUGCUGCAAAAUGUUCAGGCCACCUUCCCACCUGUGAGUAAUGCCCCACCAAUUCCAAGCCAGGGUGUGAGGACAAUGGAUUAUGAAAGAUUUUACUUCCCGGGUGAUUUGCCACCAAAUCAACCAUCAAAUGUGAUUAAAGACGAGGGAUACUUUCAAGGUGAUGAAAAGCUCGAUCAAAAGCUAUAUGCACCAGAAAACCAAUCGGGAGAAACAGGGGCCUUUGGAAAUUCAGAGGAUACAUUUGACAGAUAUUAUUCGGAAGAUCAGCCUUACAUUGGACCUGUUGCAACUCCUUUACCUGAUGAUACCUAUGUUGCUCAGCCAUCAGUUACUUCAAAAGUCAUCCCAGAUAAUCCUAGCAAUGUAGGUUCUUCAUCAGAUAUAUGGGUCUUAACUAAAGGUCCUGAUAAUCAAUUCAUUCGUGAGCGCUGGAUACAAGUACCUGUAACGCAAGACAGAGUGGUUGAAGUGGUAAAUGCAGAUAUCCCUCCGAAACAAUAUACAGAAACUAUAAAAUCUUUUCCCCCAGUAGCUCAACCACCUCCUCUUCCUCCUGCUCCUGCUCCAGUAAAAGCCCCUGUACCAGCUCCUCCAAGCAUUGUUCAACAAGUAUGGAUAAGAGCACCUUCUCCAAUUCAGGCGCAAAAAGUUAUUCAAAACCCACCAACCGUAGUCGAAGAUAUUCCUUCAGUAAAACAAGUUGUAGAUGUAUCACCUCCAGCAAUUAAGCAAUACAUACAGCCUCAAAUCAUUAAGGAAGCACAACCAUUACCCCCUCCUCCACCGCCUCCACCACCUACUGUAACCAAAAAAUCAUCAAGUUUCAUAGUUCCUCCACCACCUCCACCUCCUCUUAAAGUGCCUGAUUUUGCUUCUCCCAAGCAAACUGUUGUAGUCAGCCAACCCCCAGUUCCUGUAGAUCAGAUCGUUGUAGAAAAGUCUGCACCGCUUUCUCAGGUUAAGCAUAUUUGGGUUCCAACAUCACAAAAUACAGGGAAAUUUUUAACCGUUCCAGUUGGAACUGUUAUUGACGGUGGAAAAUCUGUUCCAGCUAAAGGAGUACCUCUAGACGUUCAACAACCUCCAUCACCAAUCACAGUCUCUGACACUUGGAUUUUGAAACAAGAUGGACCUAUACCUAGGUUUGAGCAACAAAAGUCAUUUGCUCCAGUUGCACCUGUUAUUCAAAAGGGUAGUGUGAUAGUUGAUAAUGGACCCAAAGUUCAGUUCGAUUCUCCAAAGAAUCCUCCGCUAGUAGGAAAAUCUAUUGAUACUGCUGUUCCUAUUGAUAUAUGGCCGGCUAAAAAUCCUGUUCCCCAACAAAAAGUUUUUAUUUCUCAACCACCUCCUCCACCACCACCACCGGCAGUAGCACUACCACCUCCUUCGGGCAAGUCUGACACCAUUGUUGUAGGCAAAUCUUCUCCUAUUGCACCACCUCCGAAAGGUAUAAUUUCCAGUGUGAAAGGAAUACCACAAUUUCCUCCUCCACCUCCAUCUUUAGUAGCCCCCUUGCCACAGGUAAUAAACGGCAAACCAUGCCCACUUCCAAUUGUUCAAACGAAAUCUCCAUUUCCUCCAAAAUCUGUACCUGUACCAGUACCAGCACCAGCACCAGCGCCAGUAGCAGUACCAGUACCAGCCCCAGCUCCAGCACCAGUAUACCGAACAAUUGCAAUCCCCAGACAGCCAUUCGGUAGAAUUCUUCGAAUAAACAGAUAUCCAUACGGACCAUAUUAUGUUCUAAAUCCAAGAACAGGAGCUAGUUUUUAUACAUAUCCUAGAGCACCAAUUGCACCUGUUAUUCAACAAACUAAGACCGGACAAGUAGUGCGACUAGUACCAGCGAGACCACUUGCAGUUUCUGUUGCUCCCAGACAAGUGGCUGUUCCUGUCUCUCCCAAACAAGUAACCGUCCCUGUUUCCCCCAAGCAAGUGGCUGUUCCUGCUCCUAGAAAACAGAUAGUUCUUCCAAUCUCUAAUGGUAAAUCGGCUGCUCCAGUCUUAUUAUAUCCUCCAGUAAGUCGAAUCAGAUAUGCAUAUCCUUGGGGCAGUUACAUCAGAUCACUUCCAGUAGCCGGGAAGAAUAUUUUUGUUUUACCUCCUAAUAACAAACCAGCAAAAAUUCAGGCAGCAAAAUCAAGCAGCUCUGAAUCAAGUUCAUCUGAAAGCUCUUCUUCCGAAAGCAAAUCUUCAGAGAAAAAAUCCAAACCCAAGGAAGAAAAGAAAAGUAGCGAGGAAGAAGAAGAAGUUGCUGAAAGUAUAGGAAGUAUUGAAUCAGAAGAACCAGAACCCGAAAAGGCACCAGAACCAAUAAUUGAGGAAGUAGAAGAAGAAGAAGAAGAAACAGCAGCUUCUGAAGCUGAACCUGAACAAACAGCUGCACCUGCAGUAGUAGAAGAAAAAGAAGAAGAACCUGAAGCGAAAGAUGAAAGUUUUGCAGCUGAAGAAAGUCAGGUAAAACCUCAACUCUUAAAUGGUAAUAAAGAGCCAAACGUGAACAGUUUUGACUCCCUAACAAAAUCAUUCUAUUAUGGCUUCGAUCAAAGAGGAGUACCUGGUCACAAAGAAAUAUCUGAUCCAGAUGGUAAAAGAGUGAUAGGUUCGUAUAAUUACCGUAAACCAGAUGGUAUAUUUAAGAAUGUAGCAUAUGUGGUUGAUGCUAACGGUAGCAGAGCUCACGUUGUUAGCAAUGAACCAGGUACUGUUAGUUAUCAAACUGUAAAUACCAACUAUAUUCCUAAUGCUACUCCAGAAAAUAUUACAAAUAAAGUUCCCGAUAUCGAAAAUGCUGCAUCUCAUGAAAAUUUAACCGAGGAUCCUCAAAGGGACUAAGUAUUCUAAAAUUGAAAAAUAUAUAAAAUAUUCUUUGGUGGUUUAAGAGCUUUUAUAAAGUUUUAAUUUGCGUGAUUUUUUAUGCUUUGCAAAGAUAAACAAUUAUUUGGGGAUUUUUUUUAUAUUCCCUUUAAUAACAUUUCAAAAUCACUGCCUAUAUAUUUUAAAAAUCUGCCAAAUAUGUUUGCCCAUCUGAAAGCAAAAUAUAAUAAACUUUAGGAAAUUAAAAGUAUGAUGUCGAUCUAACAGAAUUAAAACAAAAAAAAAUUAUUUUUUCUGAUGAAAUCUUUUAAAAUUAUUAUUUAAAAUAUUGCCAAAAUAAAAUAUUUCAUUUUUUUUUUUGUAUUUUUAUACCUUUAUGAUUGCUUUGUACAAUCAUACAUGAUUGGCCUUAGCAUAUUUAUGUCGUUUUAACUAGUUUAAAACACAUGAAAGCAUGUCUGCUUAUAAUGUGCUGAGAAAUGAUUGUUAAUUUUGUACUUUAUUUCAUUUUGGUGAAUAAAGAUUGUUGAUUA